GUCUCUGCCUGCUAUUCUAUUCCUCUCCCGAUUCCGCCAUUCCAAUCCGCUCGCCGUCCUCUGCCGCCGCCGACGACCGCGCCGAUCCCAGGGUUUGGGUUUCCGGCGACGUAGGCCCACCCCCAGGCCCCAGCCCCCAGCCCCGGCGAUCGCGGCGGAGAUCCAUGUCCGCGGACCCGUCCCCGCUCCCCCCGCCGGCGCCGCCGCUCGGCGCGCUGGAUCCCGACCCGGCGCCCGCGCCGCCGCCCGAGCCCCUCGAGGUGAUGCACAAGACGAGGGCCGUUGACUUCCUCGGCCGCCGCACCCCCAUCGUCUACCAGAACGACAACGGGCCCUGCCCGCUCCUCGCCAUCUGUAACGUGCUGCUGCUGAAGAAUGUGAUCAACCUGAACCCGGAUGCGGGCGAGGUGUCGCAGCAGAAGCUGCUCUCCCUCGUCGCCGAGCGCCUCAUUGACUCCAACACCAGCGCGCAGGCCAAGGACGAGGAGUACGUCCGCAACUGGGAGCACAACAUCUCGGACGCGAUAGACCUUCUGCCGCGCCUCACCACCGGCAUUGACGUCAAUGUCAUGUUCAGAAAGGUCGAUGAUUUCGAGUUCACCCCAGAGCGCGCCAUAUUUGACCUUCUGGAUAUCCCGCUAUACCAUGGAUGGAUAGUGGAUCCUCAGGAUACUGACACUGCUACUGCCAUUGGAUCAAAGUCAUACAACGCUCUUGCUUCUGGGCUUGCUGAGUUUAAGUCAGGGAAACCAGCAGAAGAGGAUAAACAUGUUGCAGAGGAAGAGACUGUUGAUUUUGCUGCUGCAACCGCAGCAGCAUUAGGGGUUCCUUCACCUACUGUUUCUAUCGGGAAAUCAUUUGAUGAAAGCACACUCUCAGAUUCAGCUGAACUGCAAAUAAGACGAGGUGACCGUGAGGAAGACGAGGAACUUAGGAGAGUCCUUAGUCUAUCCAAAGCUGAAAGCACGAAUGCUGUUGAUGGAUCUAUUUCUUUCAGCGCUUCACAGAGUCACUCGUCCUCCAAUGUAGAGGAUACACCACCUGGUGAGAGCUUUGGAUUAGAGGCACCUCAGAUAGUAGGACCGACAAAUAAAGAGGAAGGUAGCGUUGCUUUCAGUCCUGAUUCUGUAUUACAGAACACAACUUCUGAUGCAAAUAUUACUGAAGUUGCGUCUGCAGAAUCCGAACAAGCUUUAACAUCUAAAGAAACAGAGGAAGAUGGGAAAACAAAUAUGCCAGCAGUGCACCUUGAUAUACCGGUUCAAUCUUCAGAAUCUACUCUUGCCUGCCCUUCUCUUGAAUCUUCUGUUCUCGAUGACCAAGCUGCUGCUCCCACUCCUGUUCUCGGUGAGGCUAAUAAAGAAACCUGCACAGAACAUUCUGCUAUGCAACUUCAUGACCCUCAAGCUUCUGAUGCUGAGAUCAGCUGUGACCUAGCAACUGUAACUAUUCAAGCUACUCCUAGUUGUGCUACACCGGAGCUGGAUGAGAAAAUUGUUUCUUCAGACACCGCCGAGAUUGCCUCUUCGAGCAUUCAGGAAAAUGAGCCAAUCUAUCAAGGAGAAGAGCACAUACUUGGCACUGGAAACAUAGCAUAUCAAACUGAGGAGCCAGUGUAUGAGGGUGAGGUGGUUCUUGCUGAGCAGGCUGACAAGACUGAGGAAAGUAGUCAAUGCUUGGAAAAUGGAGCUGCUGAUCAUCAAUGGGACCUGAUCGAUAAUUUUCUGCAGACCACUGCUAACCAGCUGACUGUCUAUGGUUUGUUUUGUCUGCAAGAGGGUCUCAAUGAAAGAGAGCUUUGUGUCUUCUUCCGUAAUAACCACUUCAACACCAUGUUCAAGUAUAACGGAAGUCUAUAUCUCUUAGCAACUGAUCAGGGUUUUUUCGGCCAAACUGAUUUGGUGUGGCAAAAGCUUGAUGAGGUGAACGGAGAUGGGGUUUUUCUCACUAGUAACUUCACUCCAUUUACGGCUGAAACUCCCAGAAAUGAUUCGUGGAAUCAACAGCAGGCCAUGACGACAACUGCUGACUACCUUGCUCAAUUUGACAAUUCCACUCUACCGAACUCAUCUGGAGACCCGGAUCUAGAGCUAGCUAUAGCACUUCAACAGCAGGAGUUUGACCAGCAAUCUCAACGACAGCAGCCUCCAUCACAGCAGCAGCAGCAGACGCAGCAAACACCCAGUCAAUCAAAUGGUGCAGGCCGGCCAGGGCUCGUUGUUGGUCCAAGGCAGAGGUCAAAUGCCCCACCGCCAGCAAAACCCGAGUCGAAGAAAGAGAAGUGCACCAUCAUGUAAAGAUAUUCUGGGAACAGAACAGCAAAAAAAAGAGACAAGAAGCACCAUACAUAUACUGUAAAAAAAACUUCUUGUUUCGCGUGGCAGCACAGCGGACUCCCUUCAAGCCGUUACUCAUUUGUAGCCCUCUUCAUUUCUUUUCUUGUUUUCUCUUGUGUAAAUACCCUCUCGAAGCAUAAAACCAGAAAUAGAGAUGUUGUCCAUGUGAUAACCCUGCAAUGUGAUUGAUUU